AUGCGAUCCUCGCAGCGUCCGCGCCUCGCGCCUCUAGGCGCGAUAAUGGUCGCACUUUUUGAACUUGCUGUUGCAGAUGUUGGCGUUUACUCUCCUGAAGGAAGUAUGGUGAGAGUAUUAAACACUUUAGGCAGCAACAUGUGGUACAUGAGUGCGGAGGGCUGCCGUGUGGGCCUGCCAGGUAACCUGGUAGUGACACCGAGAGCGGGGUCGAAUGCAGAGGGGGGUGAGCUUCUGGACCCAAUGUUUACUGGUCCACACCUUUGCUCUUGGUUGUCAAUGAUGGAACAAGCUCAUCACAGUAUGAAGAAAACAUGGGAAAAAGAGCAUGAGCGGCAGCGGUCGAAGGUGCCGCGCUGGAACCUUCUUCGGCGCUAUUCUAUGUGGAAGCGGGCAUUUCCGGAACUGGUUUUUGACGUCGAGAUCCGCUACAUCGAUUUAUGGAAUAAGGAUAGAUUUGGCCUCCCUUUGCCAUGGGCCACGGCACUCUUCAGGUACCAGUGCCCUGACUCAAAAACAAGCUACGGGCUGUUUGACCAUCUUUGCGGCGCUGUUUUCACGCAAAGUCCGGACAGCAGAGUUCCCUCCGAAGUCUAUCUUCUCAUUCAACCGCGUCAGGGCUUUAACCGGCCCCUGCAGGUCAGCGCCAGCAACUGGCAGUUCGUUUCAGGUGCACUUGCGGGCCUAGGGAACUUACGAAAAAACCGUUCGAACGAGAAAGAGGAAGGAGUCGUCGGUCUUUUGGACACACUAAAGGCUCUUUAUUCUAGGCAUGAGGCGAUCAUGACUAUACCGGGAAAAAUUAACGACUACUGGAUGUAUGCGGGACGCUGCUACUUCAAGUGGUUGUUGCGGCUUGAAUGGGGGUUCUUCAACGAGACAUUCUGUGAGCGACUCCACCAACAAGCCAGUUCUGGAGUCUUAGACGCUGUGAAGGCUGCGUCUGUGGACAGUGUUCAGCUGCAUGUCGUGUUGGUGAGCUUAUUCCGGCACGAGACGCCGUUGAUGUAUGGCGUGGUAGACGAGGGAGUUUUGGGUUUGAACGAAGUUUCCGAUCAUCUCACAAUAGAAAUAGACACAAGUCCACAAAACGUCCCUGACUUUGAGCGUUCAAAGAGCACAGCCAACAACAUAAGAACCGCGAACAUGAUCUUCAAUGGGAUCUCAGCGUUCUUGGCAAAGAAGCCCGCAUCGAAGGGAAAUUCGGUUUCGAGGGACAGUUAA